ACGACUGCACUCACAUUAAUUAUGCUACACUUCCUGCCUGCAGAAGAACUUGUUUGAUUAUCGCUCACGUUCUGUUUUCUUUCUUCUUAUUUUUCAGAUUUUGGUUAACUUGUUGGUUGAUUUACUGCAAGAGUAAUGACAGACGAUAUUGUAUCAUUAAGGUUGGAAUUAUUGAAUGCUAAGUCUGAUCUACUGACUCAUUUACAAAGUCAUCAUGAUUUCCAGCCUGUUCAAUCACAAUUUAAACAAUUGGUUGACGAAUUCGAUGCUUUGGGAGAGCAUUGCCGGUGUAUAUAUGAGACUGCAAGAGGAAAGGUUAUACCUCAAUUAAAAUCUGUCAAAUUUAAUCUACUCAAUGAAGACGAUAAAAGGGUGUCAUCAGCUUCAGCGUUUCAUGAAGAAGCCUUUAGUCAACUGCAAGAACUAUUAGACAUGCAUACAAAUUGUUCAUAUUUGUUAAAAUUACAUCAAACUUUAAUUGAUUUAGAAGAUUCAAUCAAUAAAUUGAUAUGUGAAUGUUCAAUAGUUGGUGAAAAAGAAAACUGGGAAAAAAUACUCAAUGUAAAAGAGUUAAAAGGUGAACUGCAGGCUAACAACUUAGAAGUUGAAGAAAACUACAAGACAAUUAAUGAGGCAGUAUGCCGUUCAUGCGUCGAUGAUGUAGUUUAUUAUCUUGAAUUGGCUGAACAUUUAUUCGCUGAACAAACAAAGUUUAAUAAGGACGCUGCAUUGGUAUUUCAAAGUAUGCUGCAUGCACUUAUACGAUGCAAGGAUCGUCUUGCUCAGUUUGUCGAUGAGUUAUGGUGUCGAUGGAUUAUUCUAGAGUUGCCGUCGAAACAAAAAGAUGUGACACCAUUUUCUAAUAUCAAUAUCCCCUAUCCAUCAUCAAUUCAUGAACAGGUGGAAUCGAAUGAUUUUUUCAGUUUUUCAUUCAACGCUUGUCUACCGUCAGUAGAUCAAAUGGAAAAAGCACUGAAUAAUCCAAAUUCCCUAUUCGAUUCAAUUUUUUAUCGUCUGUCGUCGGAUAAUGAUGAUGAUGAUGUACCGGCGACUAGUCCGUUAUGCGGAAAAUCUUCUGUUUUGGCUAGUCUUAAAAUAUUGGCCAAGCCUGGAUUAAUAUGUCAGUUGUUGAGAAUUAUUGAAGCUUUAAAAGAGUCUAAGACUCGUAUUUAUGAAUUGUUCAAUCAAAUUUGGACGUAUAUCUUUAAACCUUGGCUUAAAAAAGUCCCAUGUGUAUCCGGUUCAGAAAUGGGUUGGCCAGAGUUAAAGUGCCAAUUGAUUAAUGAAUCGCUCCAUGAUAAAUUAGAUAUCGACGUAUCAGUGAAUAGUACUGCUAGUAGUAGUAAUAAUCGUAAGAAAACGACUUCUACUGCUGCGGCUAAUGACGAUGAUAAUCGUGGUGUCUUAUGCUACUUCAAUCUACUGUUAAUAGCACCAAAUAUGAGUACCACUACUACUACUAAUAUUAGUAAUGAAAGGAGUGCAGAAGGAGUCAAUAAUGACAGUCAUAAUAGUCGUUCUAGUCGUAAGAGUACUGAUAUUAAAACACGCAGAGGCAGUGGAGAAGGAGGACGAGGAGGUGUAGAAGGAAGACGAAGCGAAGGCAAAGACAAAGACGAAGAAGAAGCCGCUGCUAAGAAGUUGAUCAACAGUUCAUGUAAACAAUUGUCUAAUGCAUUUAACGAUUUAUAUAAGUAUUUCUUCGGUCUGAAAUUUAUUCAACUAUCCAAUAAUACUAAUAAUAGAAAGGAAAAUGUCGGUAGAGGAGGAGUCCUCGAUGUCAACGCUGAUAUUCAUGAUGGUGAUGGGAAUACAGAUGAUACAGCUAAACGUGUCAUUGACCUGCUAAUCAACAACAACAACACCACCACCAUCGAUAAUGAUAUCGAAAACAGUCAGUCAGGUUGUUUAUUCAGUCAUGAAUUGGUCAAUGAAUUGAUCAAUGGACGUUUCAAUGCUGAUGUAUUCUUCACAGAUCAUCAUGAUGAUGAUGAUAACAAAUCGAUUAAUUUUGAGUCAAUGUCAGCAUCAAUUACCGACUCUGUGAUACAAUUGAUUCAUGUUGGAAUAAGCACGGGAUUUCUGUCAACAGAGAAACAACUUUCAUUGAAUAGUACUCAACACCACCAACAACAACAACAGCAAGUGUCAAGUUCUAAUAGUGGAGAGACAAAAUUAAGUGUUUGGCUUAACAAUCUCUCCUUGUUGAAGCAUAAACGUAAAGCAAGCUAUAUGGUCGAACAACUGCGUCAAUUACUGGCUGAUCGUGAACGCUUCUAUUCAAUGUGUCGUCCAGCGAAUGAAAGCGUAAAAUGUGAGAAGAAGAGGGAGGAGGAGGACGAGGAGGAGGCGAAUCCUGCAGAUACCGAUCAUAUUAAUGCUGCUGACGAUGAUGAUGAUGAAGGUAUCUUUGAAGAGGAAGAAUUCAUUCUCAGUGAUGAUAGUGAUGCUGGUGAUAAUAAUAAUAAUAAUGAUAUUGUCUCUAGACUACUGAAAUCCAAGUGUAAUCUACGUGAUAUCUCGCGACAUUUAGAUCUUGGACAAUUUGAUUUUCCUGAUUGUAUGGUGUCGGAAACUGUCCUCCUAAUGAUGAAACAAGUUAAUGACAUUCUCAAUAAUUGUAAUGUCUACCUUGUAGCCUUAGUGAAUGAAGUGAAUCAAUCGAAAGCAAAUAAUGUGCUGGAUUUGAAUACAAAGAAAACUAACACAAUAGCCUUUAUUGAAUUUAUAAUUAAAUUAAUUCCCCGGAUAUUUAUGCUAUUCACCUCACUGAUACCUACUUUACAUGCAGAUGUUGCACAGACGGAUUUACGUUUUGCUGUUCUGUACUACAAUGAUUGCAUGUAUUUAGCUCAUGAAUGUUUAACCCUGAGUGAACGUGGCCUGUACAAAUUUAUUCAAGAAUUUUUCGAUUUAGACUAUGAGACAAUAACCAAUGCAAAUGAUAUUGUUUAUGAUGAAAAUAUACUGGAGAGAUCAGCUGCAAUGAGUACUUGUAUUCUGGUACCACAUUUACGUCAAUCUGGUGUCAAUAGCUUAUUGUAUCAUUUAAGACGUGAACGACAACAUCUCCUACGAUGCAUUGAAAGGAUACAAGGAUUUCAUGAUGUCAGUUCUUCACUUGGUUACAAUCGAUGUACUACUUCUAUAGAUGAUUGUUGUCGUCAUUUGCUUAAAAUUGCUGAUGUUCUUGCCUGCCUACCACAUACGAUUUAUUAUCGUGCAAUAGGUAUCCUGUGUAAUUGUGUUUGUACAGAAUUAGUGAAGUGUAUACUGAAUUUAAUUGAUAUUACAAAAUCAGAUUGUGAUAAUAUACUGAUCUUAUUGGAUAAGAUUAGUAGCACUGUUAGAGAUUUGUUUGUGUCGGGUAACGAAAAAACUCAUCUGACUGUAGAAGCCUCAAUGAAUAAAUCAUCACAACAGAGCUCCAAUACAGCACGACUUCAUCGACGUUGUCCUGAAUAUCAACGCCUGCAGGGAGUUAUCAGUGUUCUGUCAGCCUCAUCAAUGGCUAUAAUUCGUGAUGUUUUAUGGAUGGAUGGGAAAGGACCAUUGUCUACAGAGUCACGUAUCACAGCGUCAGAGUUACGCUGUCUAAUUAAAGCAUUGUAUAGCAGUUCUUCAAUACGUGAUCAAAUGUUACAAAAGUUGCAUGGAUAAGAAAAGAGAAGAAAACAUGAAAAAUAAAAAACGAAAUACAUAUCGAUACAAUUUGACUGAUAGGGUGAUUAACAAACAAACAGUCUUAAUAUUUUGUUAUAUUUUUUCAGAAAAUUCUAUUUUUUGCCUCUGUGUGUGUGGAGAUUAUGAAUAUGUAUAUUGGUUUUUGCGCUGACCCUGUU